AGUGAGAUAGCAAGGAUGGUUCUACUGGAGAAGCUUUGGGACGAUGUUGUGGCUGGACCUCAGCCUGAGCGUGGCCUCGGCAAGCUCAGGAAAAUCACCCCACCAAAGCCCUUGAACAUUAAAGAGAUGGAAGGAGAGGGGAGCAAGUACCAGAGGUCGAUGUCGAUGCCGGAGAGCCCAGGGACCCCGGCGACGCCGAAAACACCAGUUACGGCUCGUAAGGACAACGUUUGGAGGAGCGUAUUCCAUCCGGGUAGCAACCUUGCCACCAAGGGCAUCGGUGCCGAACUCUUUGACAAGCCACUGCCCAACUCUCCCACCGUCUAUGACUGGAGAAAAAGUAGAACGAUGGAAACCUCAAAAGACCCAGAGGCCCCUAUCUUUCUCGAUCACGGUUCUUGAGCAACACGAGGAAAG